GAAGUUUUGAGGCUAACCAUGCGGCCAAAAUGCACUGGAUCGAGCAAGUUCGGGUCAGAGCGACAAUUGCUGACUUGACGGAGAAGGCGAAUGAACAGCAUUACGAGGUGUCUACCCAGUUCAUCCUUUCCUGUCUCGGUCCAUAUGCGAAGUACUCCUCUUGUCUUUAUUCGACUGGGAAAGAGAGUCUAGAAGAAGCAGAAGUCCUUAUGUUGGAGAGCUAUUGCGAGAAAGCCCAGCUUAGGGAUGGACUUGACGUCCUCGACCUAGGAUGUGGAUGGGGCAGCCUGUCACUGUACUUGGCUCAGAAAUACCCAAACUCUCGCAUUACUGGGCUGUCCAAUUCGUCGACUCAAAAGGCAUACAUCGACACGGCUGCCAAAUCACGUGGCCUCACAAACGUUCAAGUGAUCACAGCCGACGUGAACACCUUUGAGUUUGACAGCUCUGCUAGGUUCGACCGCGUCCUAUCUAUCGAAAUGUUCGAGCACAUGAAGAACUACAAGAUGCUCAUGUCCAAAGUUUCCUCCUGGCUACGCCCUAAGACCGAGCCGUCAGGCGAGGACUCGCUCUUCUUCGUCCAUAUCUUUUGCCACAAGAUGACUCCUUAUCAUUUCGAGGAAAGUGACGGCUGGAUGGCGCAGAACUUCUUCUCAGGGGGGACUAUGCCGUCGCACGAUCUUCUACUGUACUUUCAGGACGACCUCAGCCUCGUACGCAGCUGGUGGAUAAACGGCCAGCACUACUCGCGCACCCUAGAAGACUGGCUGAAGCAACAGGAUCGCAACGCCGCCGUUGGCCUGGCGGAGUUGGAAAAAGGAGCAGAAAGACAAGGUUUGGGGAAGGAACACGGACGCAAGAUGUUCUAUCGGUUCCGCGUCUUCUACAUUGCUUGCGCAGAACUCUUCGGUCUGAACAGCGGCGAAGAAUGGGGAGUUGGACACUACCUCUUUAGACCCAAAGACUGAAACAAUGCAUUAAACUCAUCACGAGAAUCCUCUAUUAGUGAAAUGCU